ACGUGCAUAAGUAUAAAUAACUAUUUUGUUUGCAAAAGUUAUGCGAAGCUUGUUUACUUUAUCAAAGUUUAAAAUUGAAUGAAAAAUCUUUAAAUACCAUAACAGUAUAUAUUUGGCAUGUUAAAUCUGAGUAUGUAUACAUAUAUACAUAUAUAGAUGUUUAUAUUCACAAAGUGUUACAAACAGUAUAUAUUAAUAAAUUUUUGUAAAACAAAUCAGACAUACAUUAUGUAUUCUCAUGUCUCUAUACGCAUACAAAAUAUUUUAAUUACAAAUCACCUAAUAGAUGCGUGAAAUUGUUCAACAAAAACAUAAAACACCAAAUUUAAAUGAAGUAUAUAUUAAUACCUAUUAAAGCUAUGCAAUUUUAUACAAAUUUUUAAUAUAUUAUGUUUAAAUUAAAAUGCUAAUUACAAUGCUGAUUACUCUGUAUUCUAAUAUUAACUAUAUACAGUUAAUAUCACAUUUAAAUUGGUGCAGCUCAAUAAUAAUUGUAGUGUAAUUCAAUAAAAGUGUAAGAAUUAUAAAAUUGUAAUAUUUGUGAAAUAUAUGAUCAGUGACUACAGAUAUAAAAGACUGGAAAGCCUUUGUUCUUAAGGGGUCAACUCUUUUUUAGAAAUCAGUCAAAAUUAGUACAAGACUUGAAAAUUACUAACAUAACCGUUCGACAAACGAAAUUUUAAAAAGACCGCCAUAAAUUAUUUUUAAAAUUCGCCUUCAGCGUCAUCUGUACAAAAAUGAGGCAAAUUAUUCGAUUUUUUUUUUAUUUCCUCUCUUGUUUGCCUAUGAACUGAUUUACAACAGUGACUAUAGUCACUGUUUACAAACUGUGUUUGUUUACUACUCAUCUUUAUUGCACGGUACUGAUAUAGCUGCACCCAAGCUGCACUGAUAGCUGUGAAUUCUGCAGUUCUUUGGUGAGCGGUUUGGCAAGAAAAAUAUCGACGUGCAAACAGAUUUGCCAGCCCAUGCGUCGGAGAUGAUUUAUAAGAAGCGGUCUGUGUGUUUCUAUCAAUGAGCACUGCGAGAGUAUGUGAUUUAAAUUUUCCGUUGCCGUUUCGCAUCGACAUUGAGAGGUGUCGACUAUUUUUAUUCGACGUACUGCCUCUUUGAGGCUGUAAUAGUCUGACCAGGUUUGACCAAGCACGACAUAUCCAGGCGAUAAUGUUCCUCGGCAGCGUCACCUUGUGGAACCAGGGUUUGGUACUAACUUGAAAAAUUAACUGAAAGUUUACUCCGAUUCAUCGUGAGAGUGACAUCAAUCGUGAGAAUCGUGAAAGUGACAUCAGGGAGGCAGUACAAUUUGAAAAUGGAUAGUGAUUCUGUGAGUGCAAGUUCUUCUCGACUAGUAGAAGCGACAGAUACUGUAGAAUCCCAAAUAGAUAUAUGGAGUGCAUGGAAAGAAUGCGAAAAAAUGUUAAAAGAAAAUAAUUACAUGGUGGAAUCGCUGCCUACAAAAAGUUCACCGAAGAUUUCGCAAAUUGCAAGUGAAAUGUACAAUCGUAUUGUCACAAUGUUUGAUAAAAUAGAAAUAGUUAAAGAUGAAGAACUUGUGUUCCCGGACAAUGAUGUAUCUGACGAUGGGGAAAUGCAAACGAGCAGUCCAGAGGAAGAGGAUGAGGAAGAGAGUGAGUGGGAAAAUCGUGUCGUAAGCAGUAAUCCACGAAAUUUUAUAUCUCUUCAAUAUAAGAAAAAGGUUGUUGCGAUGGCGAAAGCUCAUCCGAAGUGGUCACUCGAAACAAUACAAAAACGAGGAGGAGCACUAUUGAAGAAGAAAGCACACUUAAAAAUUUGGGAAGCAGAAAUCGCUGCAGGGGGAACCAUGUUUGAAAAGUAUGAAUCCAUUAAUGAGAAAACUUUCCAAAGAUUUCAAGAAGCACGGGAAAAUUUGGAGGAAAUAACCACUACCACGUUACAACAGUGGGCCUUGACGAAUGCUCGUGAAUUAAAUUGCGAAAAUUUUGUGGCCAGUACACGGUGGAUUCAAAGAUUCAAACGGAAAUAUGGCAUACGGCAAUGAAAAAUUACUCGAUUCAUGGGGAGGACAAACAGGGGACGUGUAUGAUACAGUAUUUCCCGAGGAAAGCAGCACUAACAAUAGAUGGAAGUUGGCUAUAAUACAUCCGAAAUGUACACCGUUAGUACAGCCCUAUGAUAUUUAUUUUUAUCGGCAAAUUAAAAUUUUCAUAAAAAAGA